AACUCAACAACUUAUCAAUCCUCUUAUAUUACAUUAAUCUUUUUUUCCAAUAUUUAAAAAUGGAGUCAGUGAAGAAUAUGGUAGCUGAAAAGCCAGUUGUUAUGUUUAGCAAAAGCAAGUGUUGUAUGUGUCACACUAUAAAGACACUUAUAUCAAGUUUUGGUGCUAAUUUAACUGUAUAUGAAUUGGAUGAACUUCCCAAUGGCCUACAAGUGGAGCGAGCACUGCUGAUGCUAGGCCGGAGGCCUAGCGUGCCAGCAGUGUUCAUUGGACAAGAAUUAGUUGGCGGUGCGAAUGAAAUUAUGAGCCUCCAUCUAGAGGGAAAUCUUGUUCCUCUGCUCAUGAAAGCUAAAGCUCUUUGGCUAUAGUGAAUACAUACACUUUUUUUUCUUGCAUUAGAUAUUUGGUAUACGAAAUUUACUAGCAUGACUAAUUCAGACUCAAGUCGAAUAUGCUAGUAAAACUACAAUCCAUCAUGUAGAAAGUGCAUAUUAACACCUAGUAAGUUUGGUUUUCUUAAUGUUUGUGGAAUUGAGCAUCUUUUAUGUAACAUGCUCAAUGAAAACUCUGUUUUCUCAAACAAGAGUCCUUAAUGUAUCUUCAAGCAUUGUAAUAAUAAAUUAUAUACAAUGCCAUACACUCUUUGAUUGUCACUUCAACAUGACUUCUCAUUAUCUUUCAAA